GAAGCACUGGGCCUGCCUCCGGGAGGAGCUGGGCUGCCAGAGGCCUGGGAUGAGGAGCUGGGCAGCCAGGAGGCCCAGUGUGGGCCGUGGCCCAGCCCUUACAAUGGAGUCCAUGUUUGAGGACGACAUCAGCAUUCUGACCCAGGAGGCCCUGGCACCCAGUGAGGUGUGGCUGGAUGGUCCUGGAGACCCCUCGCUGGGUGGAGACAUGUGCUCCGCCUCUCACUUUGCCCUCAUCACGGCCUACGGAGACAUCAAGGAGCGGCUGGGGGGCCUGGAGAGGGAGAAUGCUACCCUCCGCCGCCGCCUCAAAGUCUAUGAGAUCAAGUACCCACUGAUCAAUGACUUUGGAGAGGAGCACGGCUUCUCUCUGUAUGAGAUCAAGGAUGGCUCCCUGCUGGAGGUGGAGAAGGUCAGUCUGCAGCAACGGCUCAACCAGUUCCAGCAUGAGUUGCAGAAGAAUAAGGAGCAGGAAGAACAGCUUGGGGAGAUGAUCCAGGCUUAUGAGAAGCUCUGUGUGGAGAAGAGCGACUUGGAGACAGAGCUGGGGGAGAUGCGGGCCCUGGUAGAAACCCACCUGCGGCAGAUCUGUGGUUUGGAGCAGCAGCUGCGGCAGCAACAAGGCCUCCGUGAUGCAGCCUUCCCCAGCCUGAGUCCCCCACCUGCCCCUGCCCCACCCUGUGCUGAUCUGGACCUGCACUACCUGGCACUGAGAGGGGGGUCUGGCUUAAGUCACGCAGGCUGGCCAGGCCCCACGCCCAGCGUGAGUGAGCUGGAGCGGCGGCGGCUGGAGGAAGCCCUGGAGGCUGCCCAGGGGGAAGCUCGGGGGGCUCAGCUCCGGGAGGAGCAGCUCCAGGCAGAGUGUGAGCGGCUACAGGGUGAGCUCAAGCAGCUGCAGGAGACCCGGGCCCAGGAUUUGGCCUCCAACCAGUCGGAGCGGGACAUGGCGUGGGUGAAAAGAGUUGGGGAUGAUCAGGUGAAUUUGGCGCUGGCCUACACGGAGCUGACAGAGGAGCUGGGCCGGCUUCGGGAGUUGAGUUCUCUGCAGGGGAGGAUCUUGAGGACUUUGUUGCAGGAGCAGGCCCGGAGUGGCGGUGAGCUGGGGCGGGAAGGGCAGGGGAGGCCUGCGCUGGACUGCGAGGGAGGGGAGCUAUGGCAACCAGCCUGCGUCCCGGGUACCACCCUCGACUUCCUUCCCCCCGGCCUGGAGGAGAGGGGGGUCGCCGCCACGCUCCCCAAGCCCCGGGCCUACGGCGGCGAGCUCUACGGCCCCGGCAGGCCCCUCAGCCCACGGCGCGCCUUCGAGGGCAUCCGGCUGCGCUUCGAGAAGCAGCCGUCGGAAGAGGACGAGUGGGCCGUGCCCGCCAGCCCGCCCAGCCCGGAGGCGGGCACCAUACGCUGCGCCUCCUUCUGCGCCGGCUUCCCCAUCCCCGAGUCGCCCGCCGCCACCGCCUACGCCCACGCCGAGCACGCGCAGUCCUGGCCGUCCAUCAACCUGCUGAUGGAGACGGUGGGCUCUGACAUCCGCAGCUGCCCCCUCUGCCAGCUGGGUUUCCCGGUCGGGUACCCCGAUGAUGCCCUCAUCAAACACAUUGACUCCCAUCUGGAGAACAGCAAGAUCUAGGGCGCCUCCCCCACUGCUGGCUGUUUCUCUGCCCUCUCCCAUCACCCCCAAACACUCACUCAAUUUGAAUGCUGCAUGAAUCUCGUGGGGGGCCCCUGCCCCUUGCGACCCCCCAGAUACCUCCACUAGCUACCAAGUCAAUGUGCGUGCCGUCUUCCCUGUUCCCGGCACCACUCAGCUCUGGCUCUUCCCAGGAGGUCAGCCGAGGCUCCACCCAUUCCCGGCUUUCGCUGGGGAGGUGGGGAUCUGGGCUGGGAUGGGGAGGGGCAUUACCCCCCCUCCAGACCUCUCCCUCUGCCUUUCUGUUCUUAAACAGGGUUGGAUCCAAGAGGUGUCUAGUGCUUGGUCCUGGGGGAGGGGGAGGAUGCCAGAGAACUCCAGGAGCUCCCUGAGCCCCUCCCCAAAUGACCUUCUUUCCUAGGCUCUGCUCGUCUGGGGAGCACCUCCAGUGUGGGGUCCCAGAGCCUGCCCUGGACACUGAUGUCAGUUUCUCCAUCCCACAACCAGCUUGGGGCUUGUGGCAUGGGCCUCCAUUGGGGGAAGGAGGCAUCUUGUUUCUUGCCACCCUGCAGGCCAGCCCUAUUCUCCCCCUCUGCCCACUCUGGGGAUUAGGGAAGGUGGGAGAGGAGAGGUUGGGAGAGGAGAGGGAGAACCCAGCCUAAAGAGGCUGUCCUGAGGGCUAGGAGCCCUGCGCCAUGACCCUCAGGCCAGGGAACUGUCUGCCAGCCUCUCAGGCCCAUGCCCUACUGGAGCCCCUGGCACUGAGGCACAGAUUGUCAAGGCAGAUGUCUCCCUCCACCCAUACCCCACUUGAGCCCCUGACACCACAGGUGCCCUGGAGCCCAUGUGUGACUCAGCCUCUCUUAGCUGAGUGGGUGUCAUCUGCCCCUACCUCCCCAGCCAGAAAAUGAGAAUGGGCCCAGGGUGCUCUUGGAGACCAACUUCAAAAGAGCUAACCCCCUUCCAACACCCACCAACCCACAUUCCCUAUGUGAAAUCUACCUCAGAGUUGUACCCUAAGAAGGACGGGUAAGCAGGAGGCCAGGAGGUCUCCAGGGCUGAGAUGAGGAGCCUCCCAUGGUGAGAACCUGCCACCCCACGAUGAAUCCACUCCCCUCCACUGCGAGCCUCCCCAGGCCUCAGCCCCGGGUGGGUGGCAGUGGUCGCUACUGUCAGCGCAUGCACCGUUCUGAUCCAACUCUUCCAGGCCCUCCACCUCCUCACACCCCUCCCCUCCUCAGUGCAGAGGAGUGAAGGGGUGUGUUGGGCGGGGAAGGGGCCAAGGACUCCAGAGACACAUGUCAUUGUACCCUGAGUGUUCCCCCAGGGAGGGGAAAUGGGGAAGGGGGCCUGGAGAGGGGAGGCGGGGGCCCCUGUGCUCUCUGAACAAGUUGAAAGUCCAAAUAAAACUAACCUGUUCCAUCUGU